UCGAUGGAAAUGCAAAUGGCUGUCAUCAUGAUGUAGUUCGGUUGAUAUUUUUUCUUCCCUUAAGAGACUGAAACAAUUCGCGAAAAUGUUGUAUAUCCUUAAAACACGAUAUUUGUAAUGGCGCUACGGAUGAAGAUUAAGCUUGCGGUGUAUGUGUGCGUGAAUUAAAGGCGGGGAGUUUAUCAAACAAUAUAGUAUAAGUAGUAAUAGCGAUAGUUAUGCCAGCUGUAAGUGUUUGCGAUCCUGUUGCGGCAACACUCCGCCGUACUCUAGAAGCUAGCCAAAAGAAAGGAACAGAUGAGCUAUCUACAAGUUUAAUUACUAGCGCAUCAAGAAUUCUUCAGUCAGAAAUUCAAUAUAAAGAAGUCGAUGACUAUCAGGCAACAAUUUUGGAUAAACUUAAAGCUAAAUAUAUUGUUUUGAGUUUACCAAAUUCUGAUAAAAUAGAGGAUACAAAAUCUAAAGAUGGUACAACGUAUGUAAAAAAAAACGAAGGUAUGAGUGACGGUCCUACAUUGCCAGAACCAGCCAUUACUUUGUAUUGCUCUAAGAAAGUUAAUCUAGGAUGGAGAAAAACAUUUCCAGUAGGAGCUGGCAUGUAUAAUGUUGGCAAUACUUGCCAUCUAAAUAGUACACUUCAGGCAUUAUUUCAUGUACCAGCAUUUGUAAAUUGGUUAUUAUCGGAUUCACAUCAUACCUCAAAAUGUGAACAAAAUGAUGGAGGUGGAGAGUGCCUUACUUGUGCAGUGGCCAAGACUCUACAAUUCAGUCACCAGAAGUCAGGAGGCAACAUCAAACCAUUCUAUAUAUAUAAUAAAUUAAAACUUAUCUGUCGAACUAUGGUACCAGGACAACAAGAAGAUGCUCAUGAAUUUCUACGUUAUUUAUUAGAAGGAAUGGAAAGAGCUUAUUUAACAAGGCGCAAAGCAGGAAAGUUGGAUAGUUAUUCUAAAGAAACAACACCUAUCAAUCAAAUAUUUGGUGGUUAUAUACGCACUGAAGUUAAGUGCUUACAAUGUGGACACGUUUCUACUACAUUUCAACAUUUUCAGGAUUUAUUGGUUGAUAUACGUAAAGCAAGUACAUUGGACGAAGCAUUAAAUAGUUAUUUUAGUCGAGAACAAUUGGAUAAUAACGAUUAUAAGUGUGAAGCUUGUAAGAGAAGAGUACCCGCAACUAAACAAUUUAGUUUAGAACGAGCUCCUAAGGUUUUGUGUGUUCAACUGAAAAGAUUUAGUGUCUUGGGAGGAAAAAUAUCUCGUCACAUAGAUUUUAGACAGACGAUAGAUAUGGGUCCUUAUCUAUGGAGAGAACCAAAUGAACCUUUGCAGCAACUCACAUAUAAGCUUAUGUCACUUGUUACACAUAUGGGUCCGUCAAUAAAUUGUGGACAUUAUACAGCAGUUGCACAAAUUUCAACUGGUCAAUAUUACUCCUUUGAUGAUUCAUCUGUUCGUCCAAUUAGUCUUAGUAAUGUAUUAAAUACAAAUGCAUAUAUAAUGAUAUUUGAAAUGGAACCUAAUCAAGGUCAAAUAAAUAAUCAACAGGCUGUUAAAAUGAAUGGCAUGUCAUCUGAAAAAAGUGUAUUAUCUUCGAGUUCUUCUAGUAAGCCUAUUAAUCCAAAAGCAUCAACAUCUGACAUAUAUAAUGGAUCCGUUAAUGGUUCUCCCAUUAAUAAAAGUGGUAUAGAGGGUUCAAAGAUAGGUGAACAAUUAUCCGUUCAAAAAAACAUAGGACUUCAGCUUCCUGUACAAAAGUAUACAAGUAUCAGUGGAACACAGUUAUCACAAAAGUCACAAGAAAAAUCUCAACCAUGGCAAUUUAAAAAAGUAUUAAGUGGAAAUAGUUUAGUACCAUACGAUGGUUCAAGUGAAGAAGAAGAAACUAAUUCUUCUGUAUCAAACAAAAAUCGUGUAGUAACGAAUGUUUCUGCAUUGAAAAUUAAUUUUUCACCUACUGUAGCUAAUGGUGCACAGAAGGUAUCUACAGUAAAAGACUCACUACAUAAAACAGUUCCUACCUCAAAAGAAAUACAAAUAUUAACGGUGAAACAGUCUAAUAAUUCAACGUCUUCAAGUCAAAAUAGUUCUGUUCAAUGUACGAAAAUACAAAAUGUUUCUAAUGGUAACAAUUCAUUAACUUCCUUAAAACAUCAAAAUAUAAAAUCAGAAAUAAAUGGUAAGACGGAAAAUAGUAAUAAGGAAAAGUCUUAUCAUCCAAUUAGAGUAAAAACAGGCCAGGAAGAAAAAGUACUUACCAAAGCUGCAAGUAGCAGCAUAAAGGGUUGGCAAGUAUCAAAAGAUGCAUUUCCUUCCAUAUCAAAUGCAACCCCAAAUGGAUGGUCUGUGACUGAUAACAAAGAAGAUUCAACUAAAUGCAAUCAAAACAAUACAACACCAAGUGCUGCGGCAUUAAGAGAUUUUAAUGGAACGAACCGUUCGGAUACUGUCUCAAGUUUGUUAAAAAUGUCCCAUCGUGGAUAUGGCAGUUCUUUAGUAACAAAUUGGCGUGGCAAUAGGUGUCAUUUGGAUCGUGAAGUUGAUAAUGAAAGACGAGAAGAGCGUAAACGUCACAUGAAUCCGGACGAUGAAGAAGCUGAUCGAGGUCGAAUUAAAAAAGUUAAAGAACAUAGAAUGUGUGGUGAUAGAUUAGGCACUGGACACAAUAUAUUCCAAGAAUAUCAAAAUGGAAAAACUUGGAAUCGAUCACUUAGCGGUUACAACCGAGAAUCUUACUAUGAUAAUUCCAAUAAUAGGCGGCUACGACGUAACAGUAACUAUAGGCAUAAUCGUAAUAGAUACCACAAUAAUUCUCGCGUACAUUGGCAGCGAGGAUAAAAGAAAGAAAAACAAGUUCUAUGAAAUAGCCUUUAAAACAUUCUAAUAUUAUGGGAAAUAUGGUAUUAGUUCGAAGUUAUUGAUCGAUACACAGUUUUGCUGUCUAUUGAAAAUAAACUGUCAAAG